GAAGAAGGGUUUGGGGGACGUUUGUAUUGUUUAUUUUUUUUGCUGUUCUGAUCAGCUAGCUGCUGAAAUGCGCGUUUCUAAUGGAUUGAUGUGCUGCUUUGUACAGUUGCUGUGGCUGGUGACCGUUUCAGUUUUUGGAGCCCAUAUUGAGCACAUAGACUUGGGGAGCUCCAGGGCUGCUGUUGUCUCCAGGGCAACGAAUAAAAGCUAUGUUGAUUUUCAUAUCAGUGGAGAUGGCAAGAACACUGACUCCCAUGUUUUGGUGGAAAAGCUGCUGAAAAAAUCCCAGAGGGAUGUUGUGCAGCUUGGCACCUCUCCCUCUGCAGCUACCCCAGUCUCUGCAGCCGCCAAAGAGACGACAGGCCCUGCCUCCAGCAUUCCAGUCUCGGCCUCUAGCCAAGCAGGCUUGUCUACUGGUACUUCUACAGGACAUGACCAGACCACCCUCCAAUCCAAUGAGGUCACCCAGUCUCUGCCGCCCACCCCUUCCCCUCGACCUGCCUCUCUGUUCUGUGACUUUGAGCUUGACCUGUGUGGCUGGGAGAACUGCCGCAGCGGGGACUUCAACUGGCUGUUAAGGAGGGAGAGGCCGGCUGAGUUUGAGACCCAGACUCUGCCUGAUGGCCAUGCUAGCUGCCGCAACUUUGCAGGGCAGUACCUGUACAUGGAGGCAGCGUUUCCCAGGGAGAGUGGUCAGACUGCAGUCCUCAUCAGCCCAGUCUUCAAGGGACCCAAGUGCCUGUCCUUCUGGUACAGUCUGAUCGGAGAUGGUGUGGAAGCUGUCACUGUAUAUGUGGCGUAUGUGAGCUCUCCAGACAGCUGGCACAAGCUGUGGUCUGCUAGUGGUGCCAUGCCCAGGAAGUGGUCAUUUCAGCAACUGGAUCUGUUUGUCGGACCCGAUGAGGAGUUCCAGAUUCUGCUGGAGGGAACCAUCAGCAACAACUACUGUGGUGACGCUGCAAUAGAUGACUUAUUGGUCUCUGAGAACCGCUGCAUGUCGUUCAAGAGGCUCCACAAGCACAGGCGCCGCGAGCUGCCAGCUACCCCAGCACCUGAAGGGAGUCCCUCGGUCUCCACUGCCCCAGUGCUGCCCCCUCCAGAGGUGCUGGAGACGCUGUUCUGUGACUUUGAGAAGGGGCUGUGCGGCUGGUCCCAGUGUACCAGUGAUGACUUUGACUGGGAGCUUCACCAAGAGAGACUGCCGCCCCUGCUCAGUGCCACGCAGCCAGACUCCCAGGGGAAGUGCCGCAACUUUGAAGGGCAGUACCUGUACAUGGAGGCAGCGUUUCCCUGGGAGAGUGGUCAGACUGCAGUCCUCAUCAGUCCAGUUUUCAAGGGACCCAAGUGCCUGUCCUUCUGGUACAGUCUGUUUGGGGAUGGUGUGGGUUCUCUCAGUGUGUACAUGCAGUAUGUGAGCACAGCUGGCACCUGGCACAAGCUCUGGUCAGUCGGUGGGAACAAGAGCAGGAAGUGGCACCUGGCUGACCUGGAACUGUUUGUGGAUCCCAACGAGAUGUUCCAGAUGAUUCUGGAGGGGACUAUUGGGAACAAUCCCUGUGGGGGUGUAGCUGUUGAUGACUUGUUUGUGACGGGACACCAUUGUGGCAAAGAACAGCACGCCCCCUGCUGGAAAGACUGAUGUUGAAACUAAACAAAAUAAAGUUUUGAACUACUGUC